GGCUCCUUAUCACCUCGGGACCUGGUGGAGGAUGUCCGAUGACACGUACGGGAACAUCUCUCGUCGCAAUUCUCGAAGGAUUGUGAUAUGAUGAAGCAACAGGGCCAUGAAGAGAUCAACACUGACUACAGGGGAGAGGGCUGACAACCUGGAGCAAGUUAAAAAGCUUACCAAGCAUGUGAGCGAGUGUGUUCGUCGUGCUAAUGCAGCACUGGGUGAGGCUGGGGUGGUGGGGGCCUUGUUCACAGCACAGUCUGUUGGGGUACGGGCCAGACUGAGAGAUGCGUGCGAAAGAGUUAUUUUACUGGCCCCCAGUCCCCAGGCACGCCGCAUGGAGGAGAUACUCUGGCGUAAAGUAUACUAUGAACCACUUACUGCAGCAAAGAAAAUGAGAAAGGGUAAUGCAUGGACCAGUGGUGAAGCAUGUUGGGUACACAACCACCUGUGGACGGGAGUGGCCUACUACCACCAGCUGCUCCACUCCUUCACAUGCACAUCCCAACCACAGUUCCGCCUUGCAGACCUUUUGCCUUAUCCCAAUAAUGAUGACGAGGAUAGCACGGUAGCUUCCCCAACUGGAGAAAGUGGUAGUGACUCCAUACACAGGUGCCUCACAUGUCUGGGCGACUUAACCCGUUACAUGUUGGACCUCCCAUCUCCGCCUCCACACCACCUUCCUGUCCGAUAUUACCUUCAGGCAUUGCACUAUUACCCAGAAGGUGGCCUGACUCACAGUAACCUGGCAACUGUCUACACUACAAGUGACCAAUCUCUACUAGCUGCAGCACACUACCUAAGAGCACUUACAUGUGAGAAGAGUUUUGAAGGAGCUGAAGGCAACUUAAAGAGGCUGCUGGACAAGAGUCGGGCAAUCUAUGAGAAUGGAGUGGAGGAGGAAGGUAACAAGACACCUUCUCACUACCACAAGAUGUUCCUGCAUACUUCUCUCACUCUUGUCUCAUGCUUUGUUAAUAACAGAGCCACUGAGGAGGUUGCAAGGUUGUGUCAGGAUGUGCUUGUUCAGCUUGGGAAAGUGUUGGAGACUUAUGAUGAUGUUGAUAAUGAGGUCUCAGAGACAUCCCCUCCACCCUCUGGUUUACCACCAAAUGGCUACCUACCAACCUCAAACCAAAAUGGACAUGACUCCCCUAUAGAAACUCAAGACAAGAUAACAGCACCAUUUAGUCUGACUCCUGAAGCCAUGGUGACAGUAUGUGCUGUUUUAUCUAUCUGUACUCAAAGGCUCAAAAAGCAAAUGUCAUCACACACAAGCAUGGCACAAGCCCUUCUCGUGUCUGUGUUGAUGACUCUUGUUACCCAUGUCACUAGUCGCCUGGAGCAACGCAUCUCACUUGUUGAUCCCUCAUUCCUGUCAAGACUUCUUCCUGAGAAUGAAAAGAAAAGUGAGGAAGAAAAUGUUAAUGACUCUACUGUAGUACAGAAGGAGGAUAAAGAGAACUCUGACCUUGUAAUUGAAAAUGCAGAGUCAAAGCCUCUUAAAAGAAAGAAAAGUGGGUGCAGCAUUAGAUUGGCUAAUAUCCGUAGACGACGCAGAGUUAAUGGUGAUGUUCCCAAUGCUAGUGAUGAUGAGCUGAGUGGUUCAUAUACAUCAGUGAGUGAUGAAGAUGAUGAAGGCCAUGAUGAUGAAGAAGUUGCAUCAAGUGAGGAAGAGGAGGAGGAGGAAGAGGAAGAGAUAGAUCUCUCUCAGUUGUGUUCCUCAGAGGAUGAUGACGAUUCCGAUGAGGAUGUGAAAAUUGAAUCUGAUCAGGAGUGGGAAGGCCUUAGUGCUGGUGAACAUCUGGAGCUCAUUGGAAAAGAGGGCAUGUUAGCAGCUGUGUUUGUUGCAUGUGAUUGGAUGAAAAGGGAAGACGAGGUCAUCCAGUUGUGCAUGAAGACAGCAGACUCUUUAUGGACAGCCAUUGCCAAACUUCUUAACCUAACACGAGUGGAUCUAGAUCAGCUGAAGAACAAUUCACAUGGAGUUCGUAAUGAUGUCAUUGGUCUUCUACAAGAUAGUGCUGGAGUCUCAGAAGGAAUUACCCGCAGACGCAUGGUAGAUGCCCUGCAAACAACACCACUGCCUGAAGAUCUCAUGCUCCACACACUUAUCUCAACUUACCUACCUGGAACACACAAGUCACUCAAUUUUAAGACUAUGGAGUUGGUGCUGCUGAGAAUGUGGCGUCUUCGUGACUUUGGCCAAGAGAUGGUGCGGCGACAUGACACUCCAUUGUGGCACAAUGCUGAAACUGGGAUAUAUAAUUUCUCAAUGGAUGGUGUAAUAACUGAUGAUAAAAGAAAAAACAAGGAAUCUGGCAUGGGAACCCCAAGUCGAGAAGCAUCCUCAUCUCCAACCGAGGAAGAUCUCUUAUCUGUUCCACCGGCAAAGAAAGAAUCACGGCGUUUGGCAGGGAUGCAGUCACUCACAGCACAGUGGCUACAGCACGAAGUGCGUAACUUGGAAGAACGCACUGCUCGUAGAGCCACCUUGGGCCUGUACUUAGUUCCAGAUGCAACUGUACUUGUCAGCCACCUUCAGGCCAUUAAGAUGCUUCUCUCUAAGCCCACACACAUGAUUAUCAUCCCACAAGCAGUCAUUGACUUGCUGGAUCAACAAAAGCGAGAGAGCCUUGGUGCACGUGAUGCCAUCCGCUGGCUGGAGAUUAAGUUUCGUCAUGGCUCAAGAUUUAUCAGAGCCCAACGGCCACAUGAAAGGACACACCUACCUCUGAUUAAAUACCCAAAACGGAAAGACAAAGAAGCAUGGGAGUGGUACCAAAUAUUGGAGUGUUGCCAUUAUCUAAGUGCACAGGUGCAGCAAAACUCUUCCAACGUCAAGGCUGCUACAGUGACCCUCCUGACGGGGGAGAAACAACCACCCAAUGCUACCUUCUCUCACUCUGGCCUCACCCAAGCUGCAGGUGCAGUAUUGGAACACAUUGAGGAGUUCAUGUGCAAAUGGCAAACAUCUACAAAAGGGCAUAGCUGAAAUAAGAGACAUGGAAUAAGGUUUGCUCCUGACCGGUCAUCACCUAUCAUCCCUUCCAGCUGUGCAUCAUCUACAGGGCCCAGUAUCCCCAAAUAUGGCCUUCUGUGCACAUCAUUGGCCUUAUGUGCCCACUUUCGGCCUUGUGGUCAUUCUCAUGUAAUUACACGUGUACUGGCCACUGAUGCCUCAGAGGUCCUGGUUCACAUGUGUGGGUUUAUGAUCACAUAAAUGGGAUGCAAGCAAUGGUGUUCUACAAGCACCCCCCCUGCGACAUCAGGUUGUCCCAUUGCAUAGCUACAUGUGUAUGUGUGGGGACAUUGAUUGGCAAUGGGAAAAAUCACAAGAAGAGUAAAAAUGUUGCAUUUUGCAAUGUUAUCCUUGACUAUCUCUGGGAGAAUCUGUGUAACACCUGCAUUGUGCUCCUUUUUCAACAGCAUUUGGCUCGAGUCCUGAUUGUGAUAAUUCAUCAUGAAUGGCAUAUAUUUGAAUGUUUCUUGUGAUUGAUAAAUUCCAUGCGCUGUACUUGAGGCUGUAAAUCCCUCCUCCCCUCUGGAAAAAGAUAGAAAGAAAGAAAGUGAUUUCCAGUCAGAUAGUUAUGUUGGGCAGUGGGUUGGAAUUCAGUGUAAUUCUAACUUUUUUUUUUUUUU